AAAAUAUUAUCUAUAUUUAAACCCCAUGCCUCUCCACUUUCUCCUCCACAUUUGAACAUGGCCAACCCAAAACACUCACCCUCCGUCCUUGUUCUCUUUUUAGUGCUCCUCCUCCUCUCCAUCGCUGCCAGCGUCGCCAACUCCGACGUCUUUUCCAAAAGCCUCUCUCCUUCUGCACUCGAACUCAAGCACGAGAAACUCACCCACCUCCACUUUUACUUCCAAGACAUACUCUCCGGCAAAAUCCCCACAGCCAUCCGUGUCGCUCAAGCACCAACUACUAACACCUCCUCCACCUUCUUCGGCGCCGUGAAUAUUAUAGACGACCCUUUGACCGUUACUCCCAACAUCAACUCCACCCUUGUAGGAAGAGCUCAAGGGCUUUAUGCAUUGUCGUCGCAAGAGGAAGCUUCCUUGAUGAUGGUAAUGACCUUUUCCUUCUUGGAAGGGAAAUACAAUGGGAGUACUGUAAGUGUGUUGGGGCGGAACCCGCCGUUUAACAAGGUGAGGGAGAUGCCGAUUGUCGGCGGCAGCGGGAUUUUCCGGUUUGCUCGUGGGUAUGCUCAGGCGAGGACUAAUACCUUUAAUCUCACUACCGGGGACGCUUGCAUUGAAUAUAAUGUUUAUGUUCUCCAUUACUGAUUAAUUUAUUUACUUUGACGGUUUCAUUGUUGCUUUUGGUCUGUUGGCUUUGUGUAUGCUUGCAUUUUACUGCUUUGGUUUUAAUCUUUGGGAAUAAUGAUGAUGCAAUAAAAUAUGAGAAAUGUUUUGUCCAAUUUCAUUUGGUUAGCUCAUUCACAAGGAGCUUUGUUCAUUAAAGAAAUGAUCUUACUGUCA